AUGAAAAGUAAGCACGCCGAGGAGGAGAAGGAAGUUACUGUGAAGAGGCGAGAAAAAAUGCGGAAGGAGUACCUGCUACAACUCAAGGUCGAAGCAAGCAACAGGGCCCAGGCAGUGCGGGAGCAAGCGAGAAGGAACGAGCGCCGGGAUCAGAAGAUCCAGGAGCGCGAAGAAGUCCGACUCCGAAAGUUCCGCGAGUCGCAGUUCAUGGAUACCAUGCGCGCCACGCGAACCUUCCUGCCGGAGGGCGAGACUAUGGAUGCCGAGGGCAAUGCAGAGCGCACGCUGGAGGCUGGGCAGAUGAGCCAGACCGACCAG